AUGAUAAGAGGCGAACGCUUCGAGCUCGACCUGGGCUCAGACGAUGAGCAUGAUGCGGCUCAGCAUUCAGCGACACUGCCAGGCGCGUUUGUUGGCGACGUGUUGGAACGUCAGCCUGCCGCGCCUAAGCCACCCAGUCUGCCGUCGCUGAAGAGCAAAAGUGGCUUCCCAGAGCACAAAAAGCGCAACGUAGAGAGCAGGUUCAAGCAGCGAAAGGCCACCAAAAGUGUUGAUCAGACUACUGUUGUGUCAGGUCAGCCUGCAGUAGAAGCCUCCUCUGCCGCAUUUGCACCUGCUCAAAUAUCGGGCAGUCAUGCGAGUGGCAAAGCAAAAUCCUGGGAGGAAGAGGAGAAGGAGCGGAUAGACCAGGAGAAUCGUCAGAAGAUGGCGGAGAUGUCUGCUGACGAGAUUGAAGAAGAAAGGCGAGAACUUCUCAGCAGCCUGAGCCCGGAGCUGGUCCAAAAGUUGCUGCAAAGGUCCAAGAUUCAAAGCGCCCAGAACGCGCUGUUGAGGUCCAACGUCGAGAGCGGCAGCGAAGAAGUCGACCUUUCGAUUGUGACGGGACCAUCUGAGUCUGUGUCAACAGCACCAAUCAAAGACGACAAAGGCUCCGGUCCAGAACCUGAUUCAAGCCAUCGACAGCAAACAUCAACAUCCAACCCGAAGCCUGACGCCAAGCCAGCAAAGACAGCCAGAUUUGAAGAAGAACCAGAAGCAGAAGCAGAGGGUGACCACCCAUCCAAUGACCACAAUCAACACGACCACGCCACAACCUCAUCCCUGCCCCACGACACAGUCCACUUCCCACGCCCACCGCAACCACCAUCCCUCGACCCCUCUUCGGACACCUUCCUCUCAGACCUCCACCAGAAAUACUUCCCCUCCCUCCCCUCCGACCCCAGCAAACUCGAAUGGAUGCAGACCUCCUCCACCUCCGGCGAUCACGGCUCCUACGACCCCUCAGCCACCGCCUUCAGCGCAAAAGACAUCCGCUUCGACUUCCACGGCCGGCUCAUCCCACCCCGUGAAGCCGCCUCAAUCCCCGUAACGCAAGGUCUCCAUCACCAUGGCGAAGCCCCAGAUUCAGCGGGCUAUACCAUUGCCGAACUUGCGCAUCUCGCGCGCUCAAGUUACGCUGCGCAACGGAGUAUUGCGUUCCAGACGCUGGGGAGGGUGUUGUAUCGGUUGAGUAAAGGCGAGUUCGGCGAUUCGCCCGGUGCUGAGGCGGAAGUUGCGGGAGUUGAGAUUUUGCAGGGACAGCAGGAUGCUUUCAGCGAGCUGGCUAGAGGACUCUGGCAUGAGGUUGAGAGGCUGCAGGUCAUUCCGAUUUUGAUCAGUGAGAGUGAGGGGACCGGUGUGGAUGGUGGGAGGCAUGUUAGUGCUAAGGCUUAUGCUACGGAGGCAGUGUGGUUGUGGAGGAAAGGAGGGGGGAAGAGGAUGAAAGCUGCAUAG